UUAAACAACUUUAUUUAAACAAAACGCUAACCGCCAAUGCCAACUUUCAACAACUACUGGAAUCUAAAAUAAUAAAGUAUAUAAAUUUUUCGAAGUACUUUAGAAGAUAACUUUUUGUUAUGAUGUUUAUAAUUCCCGACAAAGUAUUAGAAACAUUAAUUUGUACCUAUUGCCAUAAAUACUUAUCGGUAAAACCCACAACAGUUUAUCCAAAUAGAGAUGUAGAAUGUGGACGGUGUGCACAUUCUGCACUAAACGAUAAACAAAAAUACGGUAGAGCAGGAGCAGGUGUUGAAUCCUUAUAUGGAAAAAUUGCUGAAAAAUGUUUAUUUAAAUGUAUUAACAGAUUUGAUGGUUGUCGAGAAUUGCUAAGGUAUUCUCAAGUUCUUGAUCAUGAAAAGGUAUGCUUGGAAAACAUUCACAUGUGUCCAAUUUGUUAUGUAGAAAUGAGGAGUUUUCUGAUGCUUCAACAUUUUCAUUCCAACCAUAAGGAUGCUAUUUUGGGUGGUCCUUCUUUUGUUUUUAACUUAAAUUCAGAAGGGCCUAAUACUUAUAUAUAUCAAGAAGAAGAUAAUUUAUUUUGCCUAUAUAUUAGCUAUAGUAAAUCAGAAAAUACAAUAAAAUUAGAAUUGGUUUAUAUGGGGAGUGAUAAAGUAGCUUCAAACAUAUAUCACCAGUUUACGGUAACUAACGAAAACAAAGAAUUUGAUAUUAACUGUAACAUAAAACCUUCAUGUGCUAAUGAGUUUUCCCUUGUGGAUGCGUCGAAUAUGUCACAUUUAAUAACUGUUAAAUUUAAACUAAUUUAUCAAAACGUACAGUUGGUCGCUGUACCGGAAAAUAUUCAUUUAUCAAGCAUUAAGAAUUCUUUAGGAGAUUCAUCCUCGUCCAGCACUAAUAGUUCUUUAGAAGAACCGAAACCCAAGCAAGCGGUAACUCGGUUCAUUUAUAAAAGCCCGUUGUACUACACUACCGAAGUUGUUAAAUUUCACAAAGAAUAUAAUCCACAAUGUAUUAAUUGUGAAGAAAGUUGCACCUUUUCCCUUUCUGACUCGUAUGCUCCAGAGUAUUAUUACUGUCCUAUUUAUAAUCAUUUUCUUUGUUUUUGUUGUUUUCAGUGGUUAACCCACAAAAAUGAAAUUAGAGAAAGUAAUUUACAUUUUAAACAGACGAUUCCAUCAACUUUUCUUACACGUUUUUGCAAAUGGAAGUGUGGUGUAGAUUUAAAGUUUUCAGAAAUAGUAUCACAUGAAAUAUUCUGCAAAAAGAGAACCCAAUAUUAUAAAUGUCCUUACAAAAAUUGUGGAAUCGAAAUUAGUUCUGCUUUAGCACUAACGGAUCAUUUGAAAAUUCAUACUUCUAUUAAAGUAUAUCCGUCUCAUUUUAAAUUAUUGAAGCCGCCAUUUGCGUGUUACGUGUUGUUAGAAGAUCAGCUUAUAGGUAUUAGUCUAAAAACUUCAGGUAAAUAUGACAGGCAAUUUAAAUUAGAACAAUAUACCACAGAAUCAAAACGGAUAGCACAUGCGCUUUUUUUUUAUGACAACAAAUUUACACCUCUAGCAAAUCUUCCUAUUUCAGGUUCACCCGAAAAGUGUACAGUAAAGAUUGUUUUAGUGGAAAAUGAAUAACAAAAUAUUCAUCUUAUGUGCGUAUAUCACAUUUUCACUACAAUUUCUCAAAAUAAACCUGUUACUGUUACUUUUACUAAAGUAUAAUUUCACAAUUGUGAAGCUUAUUUUAUAAUUAUUGCAAACUAUUUAAUUAAACUAUUAAAUAUAUGCUGGGGUUUGCAAUUUGCACAAAUUUUUAAAUGGUACGAGAAUUCGAAUGGCCCAUAAUUUUGAGUUUUUAAGUUUUAAUUACUUACACAAUUGUUUUUACUUUAUUUUUUUUAACAAUUAGUUACCGACAAAUUCCGUAAAGAUCUUUUAUACUUGCGAUGUGACAAAGGGAUUUUAUACUUGCAUGAAUACGUACAGUCGUGGUCACUGAAUAGUUUGCACCCUUACAUAUCCAGUCGACGAUUUUUAUUUUACUUUCCAUAGACGCGAAAUUUUUGACAAGACUGUAACAUUUAGUCAAUCUGUACGAUACUGCCAUUUCACAGUAUUACAAUAUAAAAAUGAAGGUGUAAAGUGUAAACUAUUCAGUAACCGCGACUGUAUAUAAAAUUUGUCAUAUUUACAGCUUGAUCUUCAAAAGGGAUCUCUUAUCUGUAAGUUGAUUUUUGGAUGCUGCUAUACAGGGUGUUUGGUAAAGAAUGGGCCAUAGCUUAACCUUAGAUUCCUGAGGUUAAAAUAGGUCUAUUUAAGCUAACUUACCUUAGUACAAAAGUUGAUAAUAACCAAAAUACAGGGUGUCAAAGUUAAACUUUUAUUUUAUUUAUUCUUGAAUAUUGCCUGACAGGCAUGGGACAACAACACGAAAUUUGGUAAGUGGUGCUGGUACUGUACACCCUACUUAAUUAUGUUAAACAAACGUUUCUGGCUACUACCAGAGGCGUACGACGGGGGAACGUAAAUAGUUGCCCCUUCCCAAAUUCUACGCCACUAGCGGAAUUUCUAUUUUGGUGCAAUUUUUUAAUUCUCCAAUACUUUCUAUAUAAAUAACAUACUCUUCAUUAGUGAUGUAACAAAUAUUCGUAUUCGCAUUCGCGAAUAAUCGCAUGUUUUUGCAUAUUCGCAUUCGCGCUCGCAUUCGCAAAAUUUGUGCGAAUGUUUUGCAAUAUGAAUAUCAGAAAAAAAAUAAUUUGAAUAUAACAUUAGAUUAAUAAAAUCAAAAUAUAUUCACUUUCUCAUCUUUUUUUAUUAAGAAAAGGUAACUCAACCUCGUAUAAUCAGAUUAUCACCCUUCACGUUGUUACAUUUGGUAUAAUGUAAUAAAGCUUAAGAUUCAGAUUGAUUUACACUCAAUAUCAAUUAACUUCUCAUUAUAAAUUUAGAAAACAUUCCAAAAAUAGAAACAAACUUUAAAAACUGAAUAUUCGCAUCCGCAUUCGCGAAUGUCGUUAUUAGAUAUUCGCAUUCGUAUUCGCGAAUGUUGAAAAAACGACAUUCGUUACAUCACUACUCUUCAUUCGUAACGAUAAAGCCAUUAGUGAUGAUAGUAAUGAUAAAGCCAAGAUAUUUGAAGCUAAAAACGAAGGAGCAUAAUACAUUAAUCAAAAUAAGUGUGUCUUUUCAUUUUUAACUUCAGAUAUCUCGAAAACUAAUGGCUUUAUCGUUACGAAUGAAGAGUAUAUUAUUUUCAUAUAAAGUAUUGGAGAAUCUAAAAAUUAUGCUAAAAUAGCAGUUUCAUCAGUGGCGUAGAAUUUGGGAAGGGUCAACCAUUCACUUUCCCCUGUCGUACGCCUCUGGUAUUAACCAAAAACGAUUAUUCAACAUAAUUUAGUAGGGUGUACAGUACCUACACUUUCUGCCAAGUAUCAUAAAGAAAUGUCAAAUAUUUUUAUAGUACCGGCCACACGUUCUUAAAGUUUUAAAUAAAGAAUAAAUUAUUUUAAAAAAUGAAUACUUUAAAAUAAUAUGACAUAUCCGUGACUUGUCAGAAACUGUAGGCACUGUACACACUACUAAAUCAUGUCAAAUAAUCGUUUCUGGCUACUGCCAGAGGCGUACCACAGGGGAAAGUGAAUGGUUGACCCUUCCCAAAUUCUUCGCCUCUGAUCAAACUGCUAUUUUAGCGUAAUUUUUAGAUUCUCCAAUACUUUCUAUGCAAAUAAUAUAUUUUUUAAUUCGUAAGGAUAAAGUCAUUAGUUUUCGAGAUAUUUGAAGUUAAAAAUGACUUAUUUUGGUUAGUGUAUUAUGCUCCUUCGUUUUUAGCUUCAAAUAUCUCGAAAACUAAUGGCUUUCUCGUUGCGAAUGAAGAGUAUCUUAUUUACAUAGAAAGUAUUGGAGAAUCAAAAAAUUGCAUUAACAGCAAUUCCGCCAGUGGCGUAGAAUUUGGGAAGGGUUAACCAUUCACGUUCCCCCGUCGUACGCAUCUGGUAGUAGCCAAAAACGUUUGUUUAACAUAAUUUACUAGGAUGUACAGUACCAGCUCCACUUACCAAAUUUCGUGUUGUUGUCCUAUGCUUGUCAGGAAAUAUUCAAAAAUAAAUAAAAUAAACGUUUAAGUUUGACACCCUGUAUUUCGGUUAUUAUCAACUUUUGUACUAAGGUAAGUUAGCUUAAAUCGACCUAUUUUAACCUUAGGAAUCUAAGGUUAAGCUAUGGCCCAUUCUUUACCAAACACCCUGUAUACUCUCUUCAUUAAUGACGACUUUAUUCACAAGGUACUGUUAUUUUCGUGAAAAGCUUCAUUUGAAUCAUUGUGUACUUUUAAGUAACUAGCAAUAUUAGUUAUGCGCACGUUUGCUUUGUUGCACUUCCAACACAAACAGUACACAUUUUUGAAACUAUUAGAGUAGGUAUUUGAAACCAUUUUUACGGCAAUUACAUUUUGAUCAGGGAAGUUAACUGUACCUAAACAUGUCACUUUUAUCGAAACAUUUUCACGAUACAGCAGUUCAUUUGUAAAUGAUUUAAUUAAAUCAAUGGUAUUGUAAAGUACAAGUUUUGAACUAUUCAGACCCAGACGCCAUUUUCAAGUAAUAAUUAAAAAUGGAUAUACCCAAAAUAAAUAUCAUUAUCAUCAGUGCUGCUACAGUCCUAGUUGAGCCUUCUUUCUCCAGUCUAUUUCGCCAAUCGUUUCUACGCCAACCCUUGCCAAUUUGCUGGGCCGAUCUUCCUUCACGCCGUCUUUCCAUCUCAGUCUUGUCUGUCUCUACUCCUAUUUCCUUCUGCUAUCGCUAAUAGGGUUCGUCUGUGUGGGUAAUUUUUCUUUGCUCUUGACACAUGUCCAGCCCAUCUUUCAUAAAAAUAGGUAGGCUUAUACUAAAUUUACAAUCAAGCUGCAGUAUAAAUACACAAACCAAGACACGUUAAGUGCUACUAGGAGCACUUCCGAAUCAUAAUUUACAAUGUAUUAUUAUGCUCUCUAUUUUCUCUCUGUUAAGAGAUUGAUCAGCAUCUUACUAAUUCGAUUAAUUAAUUAAUUAUUUUAAUUACUACUCAUGGAAACAAAACCAAAAUUUAAUAAAACUUUCCCAAGAAAAUUUAUUCUCAGGGCUAAUUGAUUUUAAAGUAGUACCUUUAGUUUGUGGCUACUAGUAUUUCUCGUUGCUCACUUCAUCCAGGACGAAGCAAGGAAAAUAAAUUGUACUCAAAAUCAUGUAAAUUCUACAAAUAUUAUUUAUUUAUAUGCUAUACCACAAAUAGGUAUACGAUUCCAAAUGUAUGCUAAAACUCAAUUUUGUUGUAAAAAUUUCUUAUCUAAUAAAUGAAUCUUUAAUUCUACUAUCUCCUUUUUUUAACAAAUUUUCCUUUAAAAGACUCGGUAGACUGUUCUUAUUAUUAUAAAAAUAAAACAAAUUUUAAUUUUCACCUUUUUAAAUAGAUUACUUAUAUCUUCUAGGAAUUUAUGAAAGAAUGAAUUAUGCUGUAAAAUUGUUAAAUUAAAACAAAUAUGGUAUGUAAUAUAAAACAACUCUCUCCUUUUUACAAAUGAUCUGACUAACCUUUUUUUAUCUUCUAUACUUCUUAUCAUGGAUUGUGUUGUCCUCGGUUCCCCCACACGUGCUCCUUCGGAUGCUGCGACUCUCCUUCUCUUCCAACUGCUUCACGAACAAACAGCAAUAGCUCGAAAUCUCUCCUCAAUUUAGUCUCUGACUCGAUACAAACAAUAUCAAUCUUUAUACUUCCAAGAUUUUUUUCUCAGCUCGAUAUCUUGUGCAAAAUUGAUAAAAAAACCGGCUACUCGUUCCAGACAGAAACUGGAAUCUAUUCGGACACGAGGAGAUUUUACUUCUAGACUCGAUCACGAUUUCGUCUCAACAGAAAUCUGCUUAUACGGCCACCAACUUAACCACUUCACACAAAAUCACUACUUUCUGAACUGGACUGCUCUCUUCAGAUCUUAAUUACACAGUAAAAAUUUUUCCUUCAUCCAUCUGAGACUCAAACACUCUACUCCCCUCCAUCAGUCUCCUCGUCAACCACAAGCAUUCUCUCUACACAUUACAUCCCUACUUUCCUUUCUUAAAAAAAAUAGUGUUGUAUACAAAUUUUCCAUCCUGUAAAAUUCCAGGAGAUACCAAAAUUAAUUUUUGUCUUACAUGCUAGAAAAACCCUAUUCUAAAACUAAACAACUUUGUUUAUUACCGUCUUUACUUUCUAGGAAGCAUUUAGAAACACUCCAUUGUCCACGUCAAACCGCAAAUACAUCCACUUUCUAAAACCGGUCGUAAUGUUCUAUUGUUCUUGAAUUGUUAAGUCCGUUCGUAGAAUCUUAAUCACUAAUGUUUUUCACUUUCCACGAAACACUGUUUACGACUAAAAAUAUAUUGUUUACAAAUUUUGGCCAUAUACAGGGCGAUAAAAAUGUACGAUCUCGUGGUCUUGGACAUAAAUUGAAAUCUCUCAAUUUUCCCCAUAAAAUUAUAUAACAGUAUAUACAUUGUAAACCCCAAAUAAUGAUUUCCAAAGUUUAUACAUUGUAAAUUAUGAUCGGGAGUGCUCCUAGUAGCAUCUAACGUGUCUUGGUUUGUUUAUUUCUACUGCAUCUUGAAUGUAAAUUUAGUAUAGAUGGGCUGGACUACAACUGAUACUAUUUCUUUAUAUUUUUCGUGCAAUUCGAAAUUAUACCGCCUUCUCCAAAUACCAAUCUCAUAGUUUACGCAAAAUCUUCUUCUUAGUAUCUUCCUUUCGAAGUAGAUCCGACGAUUUGCAUGUGCUGUGGAGAUGGUACAUUUUCUUAUCCAUAUGUCAACACUGGUAGGAUGAGUACUCUAUAAUAUAUUGUUAGUUUGGUUUUUUGACUUAAAUCUGUUUUUUUAGCUGCUCGUUUAGUCCAAAAUAACAAUUAUUCGCUAACAGUAUUCUUCGUAUUACUUCUUUAAAUGUGUCAUUAUCAAUUGUUAUGAGAGAACCCUGAUAGGUAAACUUAUUUACGACCUCAAAAUUAUAUUGGUCUAUGCUUAAAUUUUUUUCGGCGUUCCUACCUCUGUUAUUUUGGUUUUUUCCUCGUGUAUUGUAUGGCCCAUAUUUUGUGCGGAAGUUAAGAAGGUGGAAACUAUCUCUUUAAGUCCUCGUGUGUUUCAAAGGCUUGGGACAGAUCGCCUUGUAUUUGCACUCUGCAGAUCAUUUUACUCAUAUUUGUUUUUACAAAUCCUAUUAAUUUAUGGAGCAUGUUAGGACGCUAAAAUGUGCUGACUUAAAGUCCACAAAGAGAUGAAACGUAUCAAUAUUAAAUUCAUUCUAAAAAUAAAUAUAAAAAAUAAUGUAUACAUCGUCGAAAAAAAUUAGAGUCCGAUGAGCAUUCUGCGACGACGAGAAUUGGUCAAAUUAAAUUUUGUAUAUUAGGGUUUUUUACUAAACACAUUCAAUAUCUAAAGAAUAAAUUAUUAUUUUUUUCAAGAAAAAAUUCUGGAACGCAUCUUCACCACAUAUCUGAGAACUAAGCCAAAAGCCAAAAAUAUGAAAAAGCCAAAAGUAUUUUAACAAUAUUCCACUUUAUCAAAAGUGGACUAAAUAAUUCUCAUUUACUUCCUGUAUAAAUCAAUCGAAUUUUUUAUAUUUCAGUCUGUUAUAAAUUGCCGUAUCAAUAUUUUUUGGAUAAUUCUACUGGAUUCUUAGUUUUAUUAAUAGGUGAAUUAUAUAUCCUGACAAUAAACACUACGUGAUUAUGAAAUAUAAGUACUUACUAACUUAUUAAAAAUUAUUAUAUUAUUUAAAACAAUGUCUUUCAUAAUUAAAAUAUGAUAAUUUUUAGGUUGUGUUUUUUGUUAGGCUUAUAAUAACUGUGAGAAUUAUAAGUUUAGUAGGUAUGUACCUAUUUACAAUUUGUGUUUGUUUUAUUUAUAUUAUUAGGUUAUGUUUAUAUAGGUUGUGUUUUGUUAGGUUCAUUUAACUGUGUGAGAAUUAUAAGUUUAGUAUGUAUCUACAA